AUGGCCGACGCCAGUCGAGAUGGGGUAACUCCCGGUAGCGUCUACGUUUAUGCCCCUAACAAGGCCGCGGCGAUAUUCUUCACAGUGGCUUUUGCCGCGACAUUCUUCCUACAUCUAUGGCAGUCCCACCGUUACAAGAGUUUCAAAGUCACCGGUCUCCUCCCCUUCUGCGGCCUGUUGUUCGUGGUCGGCUUCGCCGUGAGAAGCUACGGAGCCUUCAACUUCACCAAUGUCGACGUCUACAUCGCCAGCAUCGUGCUCAUCUACAUGUCACCACCCCUCCUCGAACUCUCCAAUUACCACAUCCUCGGCCGCGUCCUCUAUUACGUCCCCCACCUCUCCCCCACACACCCGGGUCGCGUACUCGCCACCUUCGGCUCCCUCUCCGCCCUCGUCGAGAUCCUCAACGCCAUCGGCGUCAUGUACAUCACCAACCCCAAGGUCCCGGACAAGGCCCGAGACGUAGGCCACCGCAUGAUGCAGAUCGGUCUCGUGCUGCAGAUCCUCGUCGUCGCCGCCUUUUACGUCCUGGCCGGCAUCUUCCACCGCCGCUGCGCCCGCGACAGCAUCUUCUCCACGUCCAUCAAGGUCCGCCGUCCGCUGGUGACGCUCUACAUCAGCACCUCGCUUAUCCUCGUCCGCACCAUAUUCCGCGCCGUCGAGCAUUUUGGCUUCGAGGACGCCAUUAGAAAGGCCGGCGCUGGGGAAACGCCCGCGAGCUGA